CUGUAAUUGAUAAGUGCCCGCUGAAUGCUGAUAAGUGAUUAGAAUUAAAUGAAAAACAAAUUCAUCUAAUAGUAUCUUUAUUUCAACAUACGUCUGUAAAAUAUUUAUUGUAUUACGUAGAUAAACUUAUAUAGUAGCAAUGGCUGAAGAACAAAAACCAGUGAACGCAGAAGAUUUCAAACAGCUUAAAGAAAGAAUGAAACUAAUUGCUGAUGCUGAUCCAGCGCAAUAUCACAAUGAUUAUUCUUUAAAACGAUACUUAAGGGCGUUUAAAACAGUUGAUAGUGCCUUUCAGGCAAUAUUAAAAACCAACAAAUGGAGAACAGAAUAUGGUGUUACAGAGCUCCAUGAAAAUAAAGAAAUUAUUGAAAAAUAUAGCAAUAAAGCAAGAGUACUUAGACACAGAGAUAUGGUGGGAAGACCAAUUAUCUAUAUACCAGCUAAGAACCACAGUUCUAGCGACAGAGAUAUUGAUGACUUGACAAAAUUUAUUGUACAUUGUUUAGAAGAUGCCAGCAAGAAGUGUUUUGAAGAAGUUGUAGAUAAUCUAUGUAUAGUGUUUGAUUUGAAUAAUUUUACACUUUCGUGUAUGGACUACCAAGUGCUGAAGAAUCUUAUUUGGCUGCUGAGUAGACACUAUCCGGAACGACUCGGUGUUUGUCUUAUAAUUAAUGCACCAACAUUCUUCUCUGGCUGCUGGGCAGUUAUUAAAGGAUGGUAUGUAUGGAUGUGCUAGAUGAAAACACAGCGAGUAAAGUAACAUUUGUAAAUUCUGAAAUGGAUUUAUGUCAGUACCUGAUACCGGAUAUCUUGCCCACCGAUAUGUAACACCUGAUAACAUGAGAUAACAUUGUAAAUAACUGUAAUCUAAUAACUAGUCAUUCAUCUGUGGUCUAACGUUUAUUAUUAUUGUCAAUGUCGUUUUUAUCGAUCUCAUGAUGUGCUACAGGUCAAAACCUUUUUUGAAUAUCUUAUUUGUCUUAGCUAAAUAAUAAUAAUAUAAAUCUUAUAAAGUUUAAUGUAAUAAAUUUGAAGUUGAUACUCAAAUUUGCUAUCAUGUCUAGGAAAAAUUAAUUCCUCCAAAUUUGCAAAUCAGUACUGAUGAACAAGAUUUAUUUUUAGUAUAUUCAGAGUAUGCACACAAACAAAUUGACCUAAGUAUUAAAUUUGACGAUAUUACUAAAAGGUAAAAACUUAUUAAAAAAAAU